AUGGAGGGCCAAGAAGAAACCACAAUUGGAAACAGCGAGCAGUGCCAAACUCAGAAUGAUGAAAGCACAGGGGAGCAGAAAGAGGGAGGGGGGACAGAUGAAGAGAUGGGGGUCGAUGGAGGCAUGGAGGAUUGGAACGGAUUUGUUUCAGGAGGGACCACAUUGCAAGAAGCAGAGGAGGGGGAGGUGGUGGCUGAAUGGAGACCUGGUGAACCAGUGACCCCGCAGUAUGUCUUACAGCUGAACAGUUACACUAGGGAGUACCUGUGUUCACCAGAGGACAACAUCUACAACGUAAACUUCUCUCGCUUCAAAAUCAGAGACCUGGGCAGCGGAGCAGUGAUCCUUGACUUCAAAAAACACUGUCCAACAGAAAUUCAAGACGUCAUUGAACUUGAUACAAGCAGAUUCAUCCGGUAUUACUUCUCCCCUGCAUUCCUGGCCCUCAGAGAGAUAGGCGCUACGUUGGAGUUCACAGUGGGCAGCAAGUCACUGAGCCGCUUCCGUCUGAUCGAGAGGCAUUUUUUCAGGAACCUCCUGCUUAAAACCUUUGACUUUGAGAUUGGCUUCUGCAUCCCACACAGCAGAAACACCUGUGAGCACAUCUACUGCUUACCUGACCUGGACCCAGAAGCAGUUGAAGAAAUGAUUGCCAACCCGUUUGAGACGCGCUCGGACAGUUUUUACUUUGUCAACAACAAGCUGAUUAUUCAUCACAAAGCGGAGUACUCCUUCUCCCCGCAAAGACAAAGUGACACAUCCAGGAAAUAGAGAAACUGACAAUGAACAGAGUCAGUAAGCCUCUGAUGUUGUUGUAAAUGAUGCUUCAGCUAUUAUUUAUGUUGUUUGGUGGGACCAAAUCUUAAGAAACCCAUGUGUUUCUGCUGUGGGAAAAACUUGGGA